UCGCAACAGAUCUCAACGAUUUGAGAAACAGGACAAACUUCGCCUAAUAGCCGCAGUAAGGGACAUAAGACUGCUGUGGGACAUGGCAGAUAGUAGUCACAGCGAUAUAAAUGGAAUAAGAGCAGCAUGGCAAUCAGUAGCAACAGAUUUGGAUAGAGAUGCGGAAACUUGCAGAGUAGCAUGGCGCUCGUUGCGCCAAAGUUACCGUUAUCAUUGCAAAGCGGCUAACAAUCGCAAGAAAUUUGAUCUAGACUUGGAGGACUGCACGGCUGAUCCUGAUCCCUUGGCGACUCCAGAUAUUAAAUGGGAAUUUGCGGAUGAGAUGGCCUUUUUGCAGGAUAUGUCGAGGGAAAGGCAUGUGGACUUGACACCAUCAGAAGAAGAAAUUUCGAAUGACGACACAGUAAACGAAGAUUAUGAAGAAUACACAGAUAUGGAAUUUCUGGAAGACGUUGAUGAAGCUAGUUCCUUGGAUGCUGAAAUAGCACACGUAUGCAGAACAUGCUUGCAACCAUUGGAUGCUCAAGCCGCACAGAAUUUAUUUGAAGCUGAUAAUUAUAAAUUGUUGGAACAAAUACAAGCGUUGACCAGUUUGUCUCUGGAGCAAGAUGAAAAUAUGAGCAAUUUUAUUUGCGAAGGGUGCUUAAGCAGUUUAGAGGCCGCUAGUGAAUUUCGCCGUAUAUGCAUAGAUGCUCAGCAACAAAUGCUAAGCGAAAUACAAGUCGAGAAUAUAUCGGAACACAAUACGAGUACGGCUGGGAAAGAUCAACUGGAAGAUGUGAAUAUAAGGGACAGUGAAAAUGAGUGCCAGAUUAGCAUUGAAAUAAAACCAGUGUCACCAUCAUCAGUGCCACCCACACCGAGCAAAAGUAGACGAACUAAAUUGCAAAAGUUUCAGUGCCAUGAAUGUGGUCUGACAUUUAAAAGUACAGAUUUGUUAAAAAUGCAUAUGCACGAACAGCACCAGCAACAAUUACAGACUAGAUUCGUCUGUAGACAUUGCGGCCAUGAUUUUAAAUAUUCAGCACCACUUGUUGAGCAUUUAAAACGCAUUGGCGUUAGCUUUGCCUAUAAAUGUGAUGCCUGUGGACAAAAGUUUCACAGCAGGCAUUUUCUUAAGAAGCACAAGAGACGUGCACAUGGACUGACUGAUGAGCAUAUUUGCCAUAUAUGUGGCAAGAACUUUACCACUGCCUUCAAUCUACGCAAUCAUCUGGUAAGACAUACUGGCUCCCGCCCAAACAAGUGCCAGCUGUGUCCGGCGGCCUUUGCAACAACUGGCGAGUUAGGCAAUCAUAGGCGCACACACGAAAAUGUGCGCCCGUAUCCUUGUCGAUAUAACUGUGGCAAAUCCUUUCGCCAUUGCAGCAAUCGCAGUACGCAUGAAAGAGUACACAUGGAUGGCAGUUUGCGACCUUUUCAGUGCGAAUAUUGUGAGAAGACGUUUGUAACCCAAGGUGAUUGUCGUGCUCAUCAAGCUGUGCACACUACAAGCCGUGCCUUUAACUGCGAUAUUUGCGCGCAAAGCUUUAAAAUGCAAAAGCAUUAUAUACAGCAUUUGUCUACUAAAUCACAUAAGAAGCUGGAAGCUAGCGCUGAAUCUUAGACGUAAGCUGUUUUUAAUUUCAGUAUGCAAAAACAUUUCAAUUUUAUAUCUUUUGCAUUUAUUAAUGAUGUAAAUUUGGUUUA